CCAUUACUUUAGAAAUGUCUAGCUAAUAAUAGUCUUGUCCCUAGAUUUCUGAUCUGGUGUGGAUAUAUAUGCACGUGACGUGCAAACCAGCUUUAAUUGUGAGGUUAAGGACUUAGUCACUAGUCAAUUGGCUUUAAAUGAAGUCAGUCCAACUGAAAUAAGUGCUGUGCAAAUACAUCAGUUUCAGCCAAAGCAAAAAAUUUCAUCGAGUAAAACUAACCAUGAGUUUCAGUAGCGAAGCGUUUAUCCAGAUAUUGCUCAUCUUUCUCCUUCUCCCCUCUAGCAUCUGCCAACUUCCCCUUGACACCCUUACGCCAAACCAACCCAUCAGAGACGGCGACGUUUUAGUCUCUAGCAGGAAACUCUUUGCACUAGGGUUCUUCAGCCCCGGAAAUCCUCAGCACCGCCACGUUGGAGUUUGGUUUUACAAAGUUCCAGAGAAAACCAUUGUCUGGGUUGCGAACAGAAACCACCCAGUCAAUGAUUCCUCUGGAGUGCUAUCGAUCAGUGGUGAUGGAGGCCUUGUCAUACACGGAAAGGACCAAAGUACCCCUCUUUGGUCCGCAAACGUUACUCUCUCUUCUCCAAACAAUUUCACAGCCAAGCUUCGGGAUACAGGAAAUCUUGUUUUACUUGAGAAUGGAAACCAAAGAGUUGUGUGGGAUAGCUUUGAUUACCCCUCAGAUACAGUGCUUUCCUCUAUGAAGCUUGGGCUGGACCGGCGGUCCGGGUUGGAGUGGCUCAUAACGUCUUGGAAGUCAAAAGAUGACCCGGGAACCGGGAGCUGUACAUAUGGGAUAGACCCGAGGGGGUCUCCGCAGUUGUUUCUGAAAAAGGAGGGAGGCCCAUUGUGGCGGAGCGGCCCUUGGAUCGGGGACAGAUGGAGCGGUGAACCCCAACUAAGCAGUACCGUUGGACUCUUCAAUUUAAGUUUUGUCAACAAUGAAGACGAGAUAUCCUACAAGCGUGUUGUUGCAAAUGACUCAUUGUUCACAAGGGGGGUGCUAGAUGAAUCAGGAAUAUAUCAACGGCUCAUGUGGAAUGAUAAGGAAAACAAAUGGAUCGAAUUGGUCUCCGACCCGAAUGAGUGGUGUGAUAACUAUGGACUCUGUGGUCCAAAUAGUAACUGUGACCCAUACAAUGACUAUAAGUUUGCUUGCACUUGCCAACCCGGCUUCGAACCCAAAUCGCCUAGUGACUGGUACUUGAGAAUUGGCGUGGGUGGGUGCAUUAGGAAAGCAGGAGUGUCUGUGUGUCGGAACGGAGAAGGGUUCGUGCCGGUGAAUCGUGUAAAGGUACCGGACUCAUCUACGGCAGUACGUGUGAAUAUGAGUUUGAGUUUGGAAGCUUGUAAGCUAGAGUGCUUGAUGGAUUGUUCUUGCACGGCUUACACGAGUGCAGAUGAGCGGGGAGGUGGAAAUGGGUGCUUGACAUGGCACGGGGACUUGAUGGACACGAGGACUUACCCCAAAGUUGGUCAAGAUUUAUAUGUUCGAGUUGAUGCAACUUCUCUAGCUCAAUAUGAGAAAUCAAAUGGCUCUCUUAGCAAGAAGGCGACGCUGGCAAUUUCACUAGGAUCUGUUACAGUUUUCCUUCUCUUACUUACCCUUUAUUGGUUGGUAAGCAUGAAGAUGAAAGGCAAUCGUAGACGAAAUAAAUGUUCAUUUAUACUUACGGCCGGGUCAACCUACUUCGAAGAAUCUUCUGGUGGAACAGCUUUUGAUGAUAGUAGAAUAAACUCAGAGUUAGCAUUCUUUCAUCUAAAAACCAUAACAACCGCCACAAACAAUUUCUCCAUUGAAAACAAGCUUGGAGAAGGAGGUUUUGGCUCCGUUUAUAAGGGCAUACUUCACAAUGGAAAGGAAAUAGCAGUAAAAAGACUAUCCAAGUUUUCUGGCCAAGGAGUUGAAGAGUUUAAGAAUGAAAUUCUUCUGAUUGCAAAACUCCAGCACAGAAACCUUGUCAGGAUUUUAGGUUGUUGUGUUGAAGAUGAAGAGAAGAUUCUAAUCUAUGAAUACUUGCCAAACAAAAGUUUGGACUCUUUCAUCUUUAAUGAAACAAAGAGAGCACUUUUAAAUUGGACAAAACGUUUCGAGAUUAUCUUUGGGAUUGCUAGAGGGAUAUUAUAUCUUCAUGAAGAUUCGAGAUUAAGAAUUAUCCAUAGAGAUCUAAAGGCCAGCAAUGUCCUAUUGGAUAAUUCUUUGAACCCAAAAAUUGCAGAUUUUGGUAUGGCUAGAAUAUUUAGUGGGGAGCAAAGUGAAGCGAAUACCAAUCGUGUGGUUGGAACAUAUGGUUAUAUGUCCCCGGAAUAUGCAAUGGAAGGACUGUUUUCAAUCAAGUCUGAUGUAUAUAGUUUUGGUGUUUUACUGCUAGAAAUCAUCACUGGCAAAAAGAAUGUUGGCUAUUACCAUGAGGAGUAUCCUAAUUCAAAUUUGGUUGGACAUGUUUGGGACUUGUGGAAAGAAGGCAGAGCUGUGGAAAUCUUUGAUUCAUCUAUAGAAGAAUACCUUGUUAGUGAAGUUGUAAGGUGCAUUCAAAUCGGGCUUUUGUGCGUGCAAGAAUAUGCAACAGACCGACCAACCAUGUCAGCAGUUGUUUCCAUGUUAGGUAAUGAUGCAGCUCUUCCUUCACCAAGACGACCCGCAUUUUUACUAAAGAGAAUGACUCCUAGUGGAGAACCAUCCAGCGGUGAAGGAGCUAAUUCAGUAAAUGAUGUCACAUGUACAAUUGUAGAAGGUCGCUAAAGGCUAUUUGUAUGUCUAGUUGCAACGAUAAUCCAAUUGAGCAAUGUAUGGAAGAUUCUAUUAUCCUCCAACUGGGCUUCUGAGUAAUGUAGAAUGUAAUUGGAGUGUUACCUUGAAGCAUAUAGAGAUAAAGAUGAUCUCCAUCCAGAGGAGUUUUAAUCGUAAGUUUCUACCCCAUUGCACCCAAGUAUAUUUGCAAUGUACAUCAUAACUUUUAUUACUGCA